AUGAAAUAUCUUUGCUGUUUCUUAAGUUUCUGUGUAAUGAGAUUAUCAAAUGGGCAAAGCCAUUUUCAUAUUCCUAAAUAUAAUAAUGGAAUUAUUCAAGCAACAGUUGAUAUCAUAGAAAAAUUUUACAUGGAUCGAACAAACACUUUAAAUUUUUUCUAUGCAUCUUUAAAACAAAACGAAACAAGUUCCAUAAAUAAUAUCGACAUAAUAAACGAAAUAUUAUAUCAAACUCGUGAAAAAGUUGUUGUGCAAAUUGAAAAUAGUUGGAAGUUGAAAAACUCAGAAAUAUCGAAUUGCAAACUUGUUAAACGUGUCAACAAUAUUUUCUUUAUUGAUUCUUAUAAUUCAUUUGAAAAUAUAUUUCGUUUCAUAACACCUGACAAAUUUGAUUAUCAAGGAUUUUAUCUAAUCGUUAUCACUAACUACGCAGACGAACAAUAUCAAGUGGCGAAGAAAAUUUUUAAUUAUCUUUGGAAGGAAUUUAUAACGAAUGUGAAUGUCAUAUGGAUGCCUGACGAAUCUGAGAAUGAAGCGAUUGUAUUUACAUAUUUUCCUUUCUCACAAUUUUUCUGUGGUAAAGUUCAUCCCAUGAAAUUGAAUCAUUAUCGCGACGGAAAUUGGUUGCAAAAUUAUUCUGACUUCUUUCCUAAAAAAUUGUACAAUUUACACAAUUGUACGUUGACAGUCGCAGUAGCUUCAUCUCCACCUUUUAUGAUUUUAAAAGACGACACUGAUGGAAAGCUUUCAAUAGAUGGAAUUGAUGCUAAACUUUUGAAGGAACUUUCUAAUCAAAUGAAUUUCAACAUUAAUAUUGUGCAAGUUGAUACGCAAGGAGGUGUUUUUAAAAAUGGAACAGCUUAUGGUGCAGCCAAACUGAUAAUAAACAAUGAUGUCAAUUUAACGAUUGGCUAUACAACAUGCACAUCAAGUGAAAAUAAGCAUAUGUCAUCAAGUCACGUCUAUUAUACCAGCAAACUCAUUUGGAUCGUCCCACCUGGAAGGCUAUUCCAAUCCUUUGAGAAACUUAUAAAACCGUUUCAAAGAAGUUUAUGGUUGUGUGUGAUGUUGGUGCUAUUAAUAAGCUUUAUAUCAAUAAUUGUCGUGAAAUGUUAUCCAAAAAGAGUUCAAGACUUCGUUUUCGGAAAAGGAAUUACAAGUCCUAGUUUGAACAUGAUUACCGUAUUUUUUGGUGGGCCGCUUUAUAAACUACCUAAACGAAAUUUUGCAAGAACUUUACUUGGAUGUUUCAUGGUUUACUGUUUAAUAAUCAAAAGCACUUAUACGGGAGCGCUUUUCAAAUUUAUCCGAUCUGACGCACGAGACAAAGAUGUUAGUGGCGUGAAAGCAAUGAUUAAACAAAACUUUUCAUUUUAUGUUGUCGAUUCAUCACACGAUCUUGUUCAUGAAAUACCAAAGAUACUGAAUAGGUCAAUUUUCAUUCCACGGACAAUGCUGAGUGAAAUUCAUGUCCAUCUGCUGCAGCCAGAAUUUAAGGGAGCUUUGCUUAGUUCAGAAGAGCAUCUAUCUUACUUAAAUAUGAAAUCUUUUCCUGAAAAAUAUUAUCAUCAUUCCAAACAGAUAUUCUACGUUUUUAAUCUUUGCAUUUAUCUUCAUCGCCAAAGUUGCUUUACAGAGGAAAUUAACCAACAUCUCUUGAAGUUUGCUUCAAAUGGUUUAAUAGACGUAUGGGCAUCGCAGUUUAUCGACAAGAAAUGUUUAACAGAAAAGGUCUCAACUUUACCCACACAACUAACAAACGAAAAAUUGCUUGCAACUUAUGAGAUUCUUUUUGUGGGAUUUUUGAUGAGUUUCAUAAUUUUUAUUGCUGAAAUGAGCAUUUCAAAAAUUUCGAAGCGAUUACAAACCAAAUUGUAA